AUGGGCAGUUGUUGUUGCAAGUCAAAGGAGGUUGAAGAAGAAAUUUCUAGAAAAAUAUCUGUGGUAGGAAACGGUGAAGUGGGCAAGACGUGCCUAAUCAAACGUUACCUGACGGACGAGUUCGACGAAGACACACCACAUUCAUAUAUCCCAUCAGCCCUGCAGGUGGAUGAAAAAGUCGAGGAGUUAAAGAAUGGCAAAAAGGUACAUCUGUUUAUUUAUGACCUUGGUGGCCGGGACACAUUCAAACAUUUGACCCGGAUGAACUAUCCUCGCUCUGAUGCUGCCUUGAUUUGUUUUGGUAUUGAUGACAAGGAAAGCCUGAAGGCAGUGAAAGAGUACUGGAUCCCAGAAAUGAUCAGAAUCUGCCCUGGUAUACCCAUUCUCCUGGUCGGUCUAAAAAAGGACAAGCGUGACGAAACAAGAACAAUUGAGAACUUUGUCAGGGAGAGUGAUGGCCACAGCCUGGCCAAAAGCAACAAUCUGGUCGGAUAUGUCGAGUGUUCAUCUCUGAAAGGUGAUGGAGUCAAGACUGUGUUUGCAACCAUAGCACGGGAAGCUGCCAAAAGACAGAACACCCAGAAAGCAGCUGAGUCUGUCUAG